AUGGAGAUAUUGGAGAUAUUAGCAGCAGCCGAUGAAUUAUUAUUAAAGGAUUUAUUGGAUUAUAUUCAAGAUCAUUUGGUGGAGACGAAAAAUGAUUGGAUAAGUUCUUAUAUUUUAAAAAUUUAUCAAACAAGUUUAGCUCAUGAUUCAUGCGAAAAAUUGAGAGAAUUUAUUUUAGCAACUAUAUCAUCAGAUCCAGAAUUAUUAUUUAAAUCACCAGAUUUUCUUUCAUUAGAUGAAUCUUUACUU